GUGGAAUUCAGGGCUCAUCCAUAACUAAAUAAAGCUUUGACAAAGACACACUUUUACCCUCUGUAUCCUGGACGAGAAGUUUGUCACUACACAGGAUGGACCUGCUGCCUGAUGUUUGGAGACAGGAUUUCUGGCUUCCUCCAGGUGUGACCUGGAUGGACAUGGAGCAGCUGGCAGAAUCUGAGCGACCACGACCCCGGGACCUCCUCGUAGCUCUGCCCCUUGCACUGUGCUUUAUUGUGCUCCGUUACCUGUUUGAGAGGUAUUUGGCCCCACCCAUUGGCAGAUGUUUGGGAGUGAAAAAAAGGUUACAAGUGGCCGCAGCCCCUUCCCCGAAGCUGGAGUUUUUUUACACCCAGAGGAGCAGACAGCCAACACAGAAUGAAAUUCUCAGUUUAAUGUCUGUAUGUGGGAAAAGCCAGAGGCAGAUUGAGAUCUGGUUCAGACGCCGCAGGAACCAAGACAGACCAUGUCAAACCAAGAAGUUUGGUGAGGCUGCUUGGAGGUUCUUUUUCUACAUCACAGCCUUCAUAGUAGGACUGGCUUGUUUGAUUGAUAGGCCAUGGUUCUGGGACCGCAGGGAAUGUUGGAGGGGAUACCCACUUCAGCCCAUGGAGAGAGCUCAUUACUGGUACUACAUGUUAGAGCUGGGUUUUUACGUCUCUUUACUCCUUCGGGUCUCUGUGGACAUCAAGAGGAAGGAUUUUAAAGAGCAGGUGAUUCAUCAUCUGGCCACCAUCUUCCUGCUCAGCUUCUCUUACUCUGCCAACUACAUCCGCAUCGGCACCUUGGUGAUUCUGCUCCAUGACUCCUCUGACAUCUUGCUGGAGUCUGCCAAGAUGUUCAACUAUGGCUCUGGGUGGAGGAAAACAUGUGACAUUCUGUUUGUUCUGUUUGCUGUGGUUUUCCUUGUGACUCGACUGGUGGUUUUCCCCAGCAAAAUCAUCCAUACCACCCUGGUGCUGUCUGUGGAGCUGUGUGAACCUUUCGCUGGCUAUUACUUUUUCAACAUCUUGCUGAUAGUGCUGCAGGUUCUUCAUAUCUUCUGGGCUGGUUUAAUCUUACGUAUGAUCUACAAGUUCCUGAAAGGCAAGCUGGAAAAAGAUGAACGCAGUGAUGAAGAAAGUGAGAGCACUGAAGAUGAAGAGCACAAUAAAGGGAAAGAGGAAUAUAUGGAUCAAGGAGGCAAUUAUUGCUGGGAGAAAAGUAAAGACAUCCUUGACUUCAAACUUAGAAUGUCAAAAUUUUUUAUACUUAGAAACCUUUUCAAUAUCACAUGCUUUCAGCAAUACAAUAUCCGUUAUUUUUUACGAUCAAUAGUGCCGAAAAGUACAGAAGUAACAAAAAAAAUAAAAGAUAUAGCCAUGUUUUCAACCAAAAGCUGCCACAAGAGAGAGCGAGACAGACAGCAUGCAGCAGUGGGCGAUCAAUUAGAAAGAGCUAGUUACACACAAAGUGGUGAUACAGAGAAAUAAGAUGUUUUCUGAUUGAUUGAUAGGGAAAACACUCUUAAACAUGCCAACACCUCCACACAAACGUGCAGGAAGGUGCUGGAGUCUGUUUGAUAGCUGCUGAAGCCCACUCCUUCCUGUCAUAGGCACCGGUAAAUGUUCACUCAACAGUUUAAGUUCCUUUCAUAAGGAUGCACAUGCUGAGUUUAGUGUCUUAUGCAGAAAAGAUCAAUGCAAAAUACAGUGAUGUUUUCUCCCUUCACAGAUGACAGCGUCAGAUCUCUGCAUGAACACUGAUACCCAUAAAAUGUCCAAAAUAAGAGCAUUAGAAAAUAGAGACUGAGUGCCUAGACACACUUCCUCUGGAUUAUUAAUGAUAACUCAGAGGAAAUAUUUUUAUUUUGGUCAUACACAAUUUUAAGGAAACUCUAAUAGCCUAUAUAUUUGCCUUUUAUUGCUACUGAUAACGUCGAAUUUUGGUAUGUGUCUAGCGAUGUUUUCUAAUUGUAAAUCAAAAGUAACUACAUUUUUGGUCGUCCAGGUCAUUUUUGUAUCAAAAUAUUGUUUGAAAUGUAUCAGUAGAAGUUGAAAAUUCUGGUAUCGUGACAACUCUGCUCCUGUCUGCUGAUGCUUGCCAGCAACUGUGGCCUGAAUAACUUAACAAACCACAGGUUAUGUCUGGCUGAUGGAUUGCAGAAAUUUCAGUAAAGCUUGUUUGCUGGAAGUUUUACUGCAAACUGAAAGAGUGAUCAGUGAUUUAUUUUGACCCCUUUUUUACUAGGGUUCCAGUAUAAGAUCAUAGCUCAUUUUUACUAAGAUUAGAUUUAAUAAAUCUGUGACAGGUGGCUCAUAAGUAUUUGUAAAAUACUGACAGAGAGAUGUAAUCUGUUGAUCUCUUGGUUAUGAUACCAGCCUGACUCCCAUUUGUUUUUGUCAUCCCAGUGUGGGCUCGAACCUACAACUUCUAGUUUAAGAGACCAGUAGUACUGUGGCUGGUGAAAUUGAGCUGAGGUUUUAGCACGUGAUUUUUUGUUCAGAGGUGCUAACUCUGACAUUUUAGUAUUUUUAAGUCACAUUUCUAUGGAGAUGGGCAGAUAAUAGGAUCAUAAAAGCGUCCAGUGCCUUCACUGUAGCCUUUCAGACUGUUAACACUACCAAGUGUUUGUUUCACAGACAUUUCAGAAAGCACAAAAAAAAAAAAAAAAAAAAAAAAAACAAGUUACCAGUGUUAUCAUUUGUAAAAUUUCACAGGUGUGAGACCCUGUAGACACAACUGGUUAUUGUUAAAACAACAUUUGAAAGUGGCAUGCAGAAUAUACUGUAAAUGAAGGAAAUACAUUUCUAAUUUUACUUUUCCCCUGUUUUCCUUUUGUUAUGUUUUGGGUCAUUAGUUUUGAUUCUGUAAAAAUAUACUGUAAAAAUAAACAUACUCUUAAAAAUACUUCAGAAUUACUUUCUUUUUCAGAUUAAAAACAGUGUAAAGGAUAAUCUGUUUAAUAUGACCUACACUACAAACACAUUAUGCUAAUAGUAAUAUUGGUUCUUAUUUAGGUUUUUCCAUAUGGAUAUAUAUUUCACCAUGAACAGCAGCCUAGGUUAAAAUUGUGUGUUUAAUAGCUAUAGCAAAACAAAAGAUGUAACAUAAUUUACUUGUUCUGUAACAUCAAGAAAUGUAACAUGAGGA